AUGCUUAGGGCUCCUUGUGGGAAGAAGAUGGAGGAGGAGGAUUUAAGCGAAAGAGGACUGACAAUUGCUUCAAUCAUGAAUCGAGUCAGAGACCUGAAAAAUAAAUAUAAAAAUGAAGAUAAUGUUACUGAUGAGCUUAAUUUUACUAAAGUCUCAGCUGAUACAACAGAUAACUCUGGCACUGUUAAUCAAAUUAUGAUGACUGCAAAUAAUCCAGAAGACUGGCUGAGUUUCUUGCUUAAACUGGAAAAAAAGGGUAUACCUCAGACUGAUAUUAGUCUAUUGAAUAGAUUGAUUGGCCGUUACAGUCAAGCAGUUGCUGCACUACCUGCAGAAAAACACAGCCAAAAUGAGAACUAUGCUCGGAUCCUAGUGAGAUUUGCUGAGUUGAAAGCUUUUCAAGACCCAGAGGAGGCACGUGACCAGUUUCAUCUUGCCAGAUUGAACUGUAAGAAAUUUGCUUUCGUGCACGUAGCUUUGGCACAAUUCGAACUGUCACAAGGAAAUGUAAAGAAGUGUAAACAGCUUCUUCAAAAAGCUGUGGAAUGCUGUGCAGUUCCACCAGAAAUGUUGGAAAUUGCUCUACAAAACCUACACUUGCAGAAAAGGCAGUUGCUUUCAGAUGAAGAGAAAGAGAACUUCACAGUAUCAAGCACACAAGAAUCUGGACCACAAAACAUGGCUGGAAAUCUCCGGAGUAGGAAAAAAAGUGAUUCUGGUGAAAUUUCUGCUAAUGCCCCCAGAUCUUCUCUUGGGGAGAAGAACAACUCUCCACAAGAGUUUGAUGCAGUCCUGGUUGGGCGCAAUCCCUUAAAGCAAUUAAACAAAUCUAACCAGGUGUGCCCAUUUGGGAGAGUUCCUGUUAAAUUAGUAACUGAUGCUGUAGAUACUGUGAAGAAGAUGGAUGCUCCACUUACAACUAGUGUUACAAAGAGGCAGAUAUCUGGUUCUAAAUGCACAAAUUUGAUUGCGCCUUUUUCACUGCAUGCACCAAAACUUAAUGAGGAUGAUUCAUAUGAACUGGGAGACUUAAAGUCCUUACAAGAUGAAAGCUCUGUAAAAUCACAGAUAUCAGAUGAAGAGAGUUUAGAAACUGCAACUGAAUCAACUGUAACCCUAAAAAAUAAAACCGAUUCAAGUCUUGCAACAAAAAGAAAAGAAGAAACAAAUGUGCAGCAUCAGGAGCAAAGGAUACCAGAGUUGAGGUAUCUGGAAAGUCAUGAGCAACAGUCCAGUUCUCUUGGAAGUAACAGAAAACAAGUGGAGCAGUUAAAACUAAAUUGUGUUACAUCUGCAAAGAAAUGGGAGAUUCCAGAAGUGACACACAAGAGCUACACAGAGGGAAAGCGAUCAAGUUUUGAACAGCCUAUCCUUCCCAUUUCAAAAAGAUCAUCGCCAGUAGAAGCUGCUCCUAAAAGAAAAGAUCCAGUGUAUUUUUGUGGAACACCAAGCAACAACAAGCUGAAUGAUUAUAUGGCCUGUUUCAGAACUCCAGUUGUAAAGAAUGACUUCCCACCAGCGUGUCAAGUGUCCACUCCAUAUAAUCAGGUUCCAUAUUUCCAGCCACAUACACCAGCAACUCCAUUUCAAAGCCAAAUUGGCUUGCAGGUUUCAGCUUCUAUACCUACAAAUGAAUGCCUGGCCAUUAAAAGAAGAGUGUACACCAUAUUAAAACAAAUAGGUAGCGGUGGCUCGAGUAAGGUGUUUCAGGUAUUGAAUGAAAAGAAGCAGCUGUAUGCUGUCAAAUAUGUGAAUCUUGAAGAAGCAGAUCAACUGACUGUUGAGAGUUAUAAGAAUGAAAUUGCUCAUUUGAAUAAGCUACAGCAACAUAGUGAUAAGAUCAUCCGACUUUAUGAUUAUGAAAUCACUGAACAGCAUAUCUACAUGGUAAUGGAAUGUGGAAAUAUUGAUCUCAAUAGCUGGCUUAAAAAGAAAAAGACUAUUAAUCCAUGGGAACGAAAGAGCUACUGGAAAAAUAUGUUGGAAGCCGUUCACACAAUCCACGAACAUGGUAUUGUGCACAGUGAUCUGAAACCAGCAAACUUUCUGAUAGUUGAUGGAAUGCUAAAACUAAUUGAUUUUGGCAUUGCGAACCAAAUGCAGCCAGAUGUGACAAGCAUUGUUAAAGAUUCACAGGUUGGCACAAUUAAUUACAUGCCACCAGAGGCAAUCAAAGAUAUGUCUUCCUAUGGAGAAAAUGGGAAAUCAAGAUCAAAGAUAAGUCCCAAAAGUGAUGUUUGGUCAUUGGGAUGCAUUUUAUAUUGUAUGACUUAUGGAAGGACUCCGUUUCAGCACAUAACAAAUCAGAUCACCAAACUUCAUGCUAUAAUUGAUCCUAGUUAUGAAAUAGAGUUCCCUGAUAUUGCAGAAAAAGAUCUCCAUGAUGUGUUAAAGCGCUGUUUAAUAAGGAACCCUAAACAAAGAAUAUCAAUUUCUGAAUUGUUGACUCAUCCAUAUGUGCACAUUCAAACCUAUCCACAGACAGCCGUAGGUGGUCUGAAUACAAAAGGAACAACAGAAGAAAUGAAGCGCAUCCUUGGCCAACUUAUUGGUCUGAACUCUCCUAACUCUAUUUCUAGAGCUGCUAGAACUUUAUAUGAACAGUGCAACAGUGGUGAAAGUCUUGAUGUAUCUGCAUUUACAAAACCUGGCAAUCAAACACGGACAAAGAAAUGA